CAUGUACUGACGAAACAUGAUUUGCUUUGGUGGCGCUCAUAAGCUGCCUUGAACGCCAAAACCUGUGGCACCAAGCUUGCUGCAACUCAACCUAAACAGCCAUUGACGAGAACCCGAAAAUCUUCGUUUUCGCUUAUUUACAUUCAAAUGGGCAAAUCGCUAGUCUUUUCAACAACAAUCCCUCUUAGAUUUUCUCACUUACCCAGAUCAAUUUCACCUUUUCAUCACCUCAGCCAAUGUGUUCCACAGAGAUUCAGUGAAAAUUCUCAAUGUUGCGUGGAAAAUGGCGGAAUUCGCCUCAAGGUGACACCGAUAAGAAGGAAUUUAUCUACAAAGGCAGUGUUAUCUGAGCCUCCUAAUCAAAGGCAGUACCCCAAAGUGGCUGCCAAAUCAACUGGACCCAUACCACCUAGCCAGCUCAUUCAAGUUGUUGAGACUGCUGCUAAGACCGGUGCUGAGGUGGUGAUGGAUGCAGUCAAUAAGCCUCGAAAUAUCUCAUAUAAAGGACUUACUGACUUGGUGACUGACACAGACAAAAUGAGUGAGGCUGCUAUAUUGGAAGUUGUUAGAAAGAAUUUUGCAGAUCACCUUAUUCUUGGUGAGGAGGGAGGAGUCAUAGGAGAUUCGUUCUCUGAAUACCUAUGGUGCAUUGAUCCUCUAGACGGAACAACAAAUUUUGCACAUGGUUAUCCUAGCUUUGCUGUCUCUGUGGGAGUUCUGUUUCGAGGAAAUCCUGCUGCUGCUGCUGUGGUAGAGUUUGUUGGGGGCUCUAUGGCAUGGAAUACACGUAUUUUUUCUGCAACUGCUGGUGGGGGAGCAUUUUGUAAUGGCCACAAAAUUCAUGCGAGUCAAACUGAUAAGGUGGAGCAAUCUCUUCUUGUGACUGGGUUUGGUUAUGAACAUGACGAUGCAUGGGCUGCUAACAUUCAAUUAUUCAAGGAAUAUACUGAUAUCAGCAGGGGGGUAAGAAGGCUUGGUGCUGCUGCAGUUGACAUGUGCCAUGUAGCGCUAGGGAUUGUAGAAGCAUAUUGGGAAUACCGUUUAAAACCAUGGGAUAUGGCUGCUGGUGUCCUGAUGGUUGAAGAAGCUGGUGGAACAGUUACUCGAAUGGAUGGUGGAAAAUUCUGUGUAUUUGACAGAUCUGUCUUGGUAUCUAAUGGUGUGAUGCAUGCGAAGCUUUUGGAGAGGAUUGCACCUACAACUGAGAAACUGAAAGCCAAAGGAAUUGAUUUCUCACUAUGGUAUAAGCCAGAAAAUUACCCCACAGAUUUUUGAAAUGGCCAGAUUUACGGCUGAGACAGCUUGCAGUAGCAGGUGCCUCAGAUAUUACCCUCAGUUUCUAUUUUUUUGUCAUAGUAUAUGCUCUUAAUCUGUUGUUUCUAGCUUCAUAAUAAUUAUUGAUUUACAUUUUUUACUACUUUGCAUCUGAAUCUUUGAUCAGGGCUAAAUUCUUUUAUAUGAUAUCCACUGUUAGACUUUUCAC